GGCAUCAUGGCGGCCGCGGAGGAGGCGGAGGUGGACAUCGAGGGGGACCCGGCGGCCGCGCCCGGAGAUUAUGAAAAUUCAGCUUCAAGCUUACUGCAGGAUCACUACCUUGAUUCAUCUUGGAGAAAUGAUAAUAAUCUUCCGUGGACACUGGACAGCAGCAUUAGUGAAGAAAACAGGGCUGUUAUUGAGAAAAUGUUGCUAGAAGAAGAAUAUUAUCUAUCUAAUAAAACACUUCCUGAAAAAAUGUGGCUCGAUCAAAAGGAAACAGAAAAAAGAUCUGUGAGAAGUCCACAUAAGAAAACUGGAAAAGGCAUGGUGCGUUCACCUACAAAAACAGCUAGCUACUCAUUGAAGUGGACAUCACAAGAAAAAGAACUGUUUGAGCAAGGACUGGUGAAAUUUGGGCGCCGGUGGACAAAAAUUGCCAAGUUGAUUGGAAGUCGAACUGUUCUACAAGUAAAGAGCUAUGCUAGGCAAUACUUUAAGAACAAGGCAAAAAAUGGUGAUUCUGAAAAAGAAGAGCAAAGUCGAUGUGGUAGCAGUAGUCUUUCCAUUGAAGAUGGGAGUAGAGUAGAAGCAUGGUCAUCUGGAAACUUGAGAGGCCGUGCAGACCCUAAUCUGAACGCAGUGAAAAUUGAAAAAUUGUCCGAUGAUGAAGAAGUAGACAUAACUGAUGAUAUGGAUGAAUUACUUUCUCCUACGUUCCUGCAGGAAGCUGGAAAAUCUGGCUCAUCUGUUCUUUCCCAAAGUCCAGUUCAAGUAAUGAGAGGAAGGGAAUGUGUUUUUUCAUCUGUUGGACACAGCUCUGCAAUUUCUUUACCUAAAGUGGUUCCUCAACAUACCGUGCAAGACACCAUGGAAGCAUUAGUAUUUCCAGAUGUUGCAGCAACAUGUUCUCAGCACAUGAAUGGUGAUAGAUCUAUGAAUGUAGAUUAUCAGCAGUGUAAUAAUUUUAUUGAGAAAGCCGAACAAAGCAGAACAGUAACAUCUCAUGCUACUAGGCAGGUAACUAAUCAGGAGCUCAAUGAGGAACAGAGGGACUUGGCUGAAAACGGAUUGCUUUUCCAUUCUCCUUGCCAAGCGAGUGAAGAGCGUCAAGAAGAGGCAGAAGAUCUUAAGCCACCUGAUCAAGAAGUGGAGAUUGAUAGAAGUAUAAUUCUGGAUGAAGAAAAGCAAGCUAUUCCUGAGUUCUUUGAAGGGCGCCAGGCCAAAACACCAGAGCGUUAUCUGAAAAUUAGAAAUUAUAUUUUGGAUCAAUGGGAAAGAUGUAAACCCAGAUACCUGAAUAAGACUUCAGUGCGUCCAGGCCUCAAGAACUGUGGUGACGUUAACUGUAUUGGCCGGAUACACACAUACUUGGAAUUAAUAGGAGCAAUUAAUUUUGGCUGUGAACAGGCUGUCUAUAAUAGACCACAACCAGCUGAUAAAACACGGUCCAAAGAAGGCAAAGACACAGUGGAAGCAUACCAGCUUGCUCAGCGUUUGCAGUCAAUGCGUACAAGAAGACGAAGAGUGAGAGACCCUUGGGGAAACUGGUGUGAUGCUAAGGAUCUGGAAGGACAGACAUUUGAGCACCUGUCUGCUGAAGAAUUAGCAAGAAGAAGAGAGGAAGAGAAACUUAAACCUGCAAAAUCUUUUAAAGGUUCAAGACAAAUAAAAAGUUCCUUUGAUCCCUUUCAGCUGAUCCCAUGCUGUUUAUUCACUGAAGAAAAACAGGAACCUUUUCAGGUGAAAGUGUCUUCAGAGGCACUUCUAAUAAUGGAUUUGCACUCUCAUGUGUCUAUGGCAGAAGUAAUAGGGUUGCUAGGUGGAAGGUACUCUGAAGAUGAUAGAACUGUUGAAGUUUGUGCAGCAGAACCAUGCAAUAGUCUCAGUACAGGAUUGCAGUGUGAGAUGGAUCCGGUAUCUCAAACACAGGCCUCAGAAACAUUGGCUGCCAGAGGAUACAGUGUUAUUGGAUGGUAUCAUUCCCACCCAGCCUUUGAUCCCAACCCCUCAAUAAGAGAUAUUGACACUCAAGCUAAAUAUCAGAGCUAUUUCUCCAGGGGUGGCGCCAUGUUCAUUGGAAUGAUUAUAAGUCCUUAUAACCGAAAUAAUCCUCUUCCAUAUUCUCAGAUUACUUGCCUAGUAAUUAGUGAUGAGAUCAGUUCUGAUGGUUCUUACCGCCUGCCCUACAAGUUUGAAGUACAGCAGAUGCUGGAAGAACCUCAGUGGGAAUUAAUAUUUGAAAAAACAAGAUGGAUAAUUGAAAAAUACAGAUUCUCUCAUAGCAGUGUCCCCAUGGAUAAAAUUUUUCAUCGGGAUUCUGACUUGACUUGUUUGCAGAAACUUUUGGAAUGCAUGAGGAAGACUUUGGGCAAGGUAACAAACUGCUUCAUUGCUGAAGAGUUCUUGACACAAAUAGAAAACUUGUUCCUUUCCACCUACCAAAGUGAGAGAAAGAGUAAUGCUGAAGAAAAUGAAAAUGAAUGUUCGAAUGAAUUGCCAAUGUGAUGGCUUCAACAACAAUAACAGAAAGAGACUAUGAAAUUUUGAGUUGUUUCAUAUUCCCUCCCUCUUACCACUAUGUCAACUCUUUUUAACAAUUAUUAUCCUUGUUAAAAGUAACAGUUACAGCAUCUGAUGUACUUGUAUUGUUAUAGUCUGAAGAAGUGUUAAAAAAAAAAAAAUCCUCGUGUGUCUUCUGACUACAUGAGGAACUUUAACAUUCUGUAAAAACGGGAGUGUCAGAGUUAAGGUCUUGACUGACCAACAGUUUACCAUUUGGGAAGAAAGGCAAACUGUGAAGAACACCGCUUCAGUCCUGAAUGCGAGUUUGUCCUCCUUCAAGUCUUUCAGAUUGGGAAUUUUCUCCUACUGUCUAUCUACAGGUUCACAUCUGACUAGAUCAAUGCCAGAUAUGUGUACAUGAGAAGAAUUAAUGUUCUUUAAUGCUUUAGGCAUUGUAAGUUAGAAUGAAUUCACAAAAGAGAAACUUACCACUUUACUGAAAUGUGCAUUUUGUAAUUCAUUGGUUUUUAACUUUCCUAAUAGCUAAUCUGAAGUCUUCUUCUUUGGUAUAAUGCGUCAUCUAAUUUGCUGUUCUUUGAUCUGUAUGGAUAAGUAGCUUUUGGGCAUGUUCUUAGCCAUCUUUCUAUAUACUUGGGGGAAAGGCUGGUGGUCUUUCAUGACUUCUCAUUUCUAGUUGUCCUUGUUUCCAGUGGAAAUGAUAACUCCUGUUUAUUACAGGCUGUUUUGUUUCUAAUCUUCCAUUCUGCAGGGAGAUACCUUGUUCUGUUAUGUCAUUGUGAUUUGUAGCUCCUAAUGGCCAUUGUUUCCUGUGGAAACAAGAGCUUUUGAUUUGAUGUCAUAUGGCAGACUAUGUGCCAUUUUGCAGCAAGCAGAAAAGUAUUUGUCUAAAAGAAAUUCUGAGUAUAUGCUUUUAUAUUCAGACCUUCUCUCUGCAAUGUGCAAUUUAACAAGAGACUAUAUUAUUUUGUAUCAGUUCUUCGAUCAUAAUUUCAUACAAACAUGUAUUCAGAUAAAUAAGUCAUAAACAGAAUUGACUCUGAUUGAAAUUUUCUUGAUUGCAACUUGCAAAUAUCUCAUGAGCUGUAUCACUGUGAGCUUUUAUAGAAAAAUGUUCUUUAAAUUUUGCUUUAUAAAUCAUGAUGAAACUUGACUUGCAUACGCUUAUUAUAUACAAAGUUGUCUUCAGCGAAGUGUUUCAAAUAGGUCUUAAAAUAUAUUUGAAAACAAGAAGCAAGCAAGAGCUUGAGUUUAU